UGAAAAGUCUAGAAAACUUCCGAAAAAGAUCAACAAGUGGCAGACAACUCAGAAAAAGGACUUAUAAGUGACAUAAAAAAACAAUUUUAAAUUAUCAAUUAUGUCAGUAACCUGCACUAUGGAGUUUGCUGUAGAGGGCUGUCCUCACAAGGCAAAGAAAGCCUUAGAUGGAGAAGAUGGUAUCAAGUCAGUUUCUAUAGAGUCGGGAUCAAACUCAUUGGUUGUACAGUCAAACCUCAGUUCCACACAAGUCAAUAAUAUCAUAGAAACAUCAGGACAGAGGGGUGUGUUGAUGGGCUAUGGAGGGUUAACUGGUAAACCCAAUCUCGGUGCAGCAGUAGCUCUGAUGGAUGUAGGAUUAAAUAGUAGACUAAAAGGAGUAGUAAGAUUUGUACAGGUAGAUGAUUCCACCUGUGUAGUAGAUGGCACAUUAGAUGGUUUAUUACCAGGAAAGUAUGGAGUUUAUCUUCAUGAGUUUGGAGACAUCUCAGCUGGUUGUAAUAGUUGUGGUGACAUUCUUGGAAAAUCUUUAAACAAGCCUGUUGGAGAGAUUGGUGAAAUCACUUCUACAGCUGGUAGGGCAGAAUUCAGAGUGACUAAUAAUAAUUUUAAAGUAUGGGAUAUCAUUGGUAGAUCUUGUGUGUUACAUGACCAGGCACAGUCAAAAGACAAUAGGUUAUUAUGUGGGAUAGUAGCUAGAUCAGCAGGGUUGUUCCAGAAUACCAAAAGAAUUUGUGCAUGUGAUGGGGUACCAGUCUGGGAUGAAAGGGAUAAACCCAUUGCAGGACCUAGUCGUAAAUCCAAGAUAUGAUUCUAACAGAUGCAACAUCAGCUUGCUGCCAUUAUGCAGAGUUUCACUCCAGGAAGUGAGAGAUACAGAUCAGAACAUGGCCAUAUCACACAGACUUCUUAAUCAUACAAUGUAUCAUAAUUGUAUUGUAUAUUGCUUACAGAAAUCCAAUUUAAAUCACCUUUUGAUAUUUUCAUUGUUCAUUUUGAAUAAUUUUUUGUCCCACCUACGAUAGUAGGAGGGGCAUUAUUUUUUCUGGUUUGUCCAUCCGUCCAUCUGUUCCGCUUCAGGUUAAUGUUUUUGUUCAAGGUAGUUUUUGAUGAAGUUGAAGUCCAAUCAACUUGAAACUUAGUACACAUGUUCCUUAUGAUAUGAUCUUUCUAAUUUUAAUACCAAAUUAGAGUUUUGACCCCAAUUUCACAGUCCACUGAACAUAGAAAAUGAUAGUGCGAGUGGGGCAUCCGUGUACUAUGGACACAUUCUUGUUAACCAUAUUGUUGGUAGCACACAUACAUUCCAUUUUUUAAUUUACACUAAAGGUUCUUCUUUUCUCUUUAACAUGAUAUUUAAACAGAAUCCAAAACUUUGAAGUAAUUAGAUAAAACAGGUUUUGUAAGGGAAGGGGUCAGUAUUAAAUUUAUUUCCAUUUUAAAUUAGAAUUCAUGAAUAUACCAAAUAUAAACAACUUUUCAUAUUUUUGGUUGCUAAUUUAAUGUAUAAAUUUAAAAUAAGGGAGAUAACUCUUUAACAAGUUAUUCAAAUAUAACUUUAUUACCUUAUAAUUACAUUGGAAAUGGCAUGUGGAUAAACACAAUAUUUAAAGGGUAGCUGAGCUAGUUUGAAGGAAACCAGUAGUCCUAUUCACAAAUACAGUUGUAUUCAGACACUAUUAUACAUAUCCUCUUUUGCCAGUGGCAGUCCAAAUUAUAGUUUUGGACUAUAAAACUAUAUAGUUUUACAUUUCAUGCAAUUGAAAAACUCACUUCAUCCCUGUUGACGAAAUUUGCAAAACCUAUAUAAAUGAUUUAUUGUUAUUUUGUUUUUGUCCUAAAUGUGCAUAAAAUAUUUGCUCCUAGAUGUUAAGCAAACACAAGCAAUUAAUUACCAAUAUAUGUAAACAUAAAUAUGCAUAUUUUAUAUCAAUCUGUGAGAGAAUUACAUCCCAAUUUAAACAAGGUGGUCAUUCGUAAAGAAAAGAAGGUGUUAAGUUCACAAAGAAGUGGUUAAAAAAAAUGAUGGAGUUAUAUUCAAAACCAAGACCAAAAAGCAUCUCUUUUGGGAAAUCAUAUUGGAAGAUUGAGGAAAUUAAUCUGAAAGAGAGGAAAAUUGAAAACAUACUGUUCAUGUGUAAAUGUUUGCUCAAAAGAAGUUUUAAAUACUUGGCAUGUAUUAGUAUGAUUUUAUUAUCUAUAAGGAAACUGGUCCUAAGUUAUAUUUUAAUUCUAAUUCUCUGGUACAAAAAAAAUCACAUCUGUUUAAAUUAUUGCAGGUAAUAUGGUAAGUUAUCUCCCCUGAUUUAUAAGUUCUCAAAACAAUAUUUUAUCAGAUAUGCAAUAUUAUGAAAUAUUAAAAAAAGAAAUUGUUUUUUUUUUUGUGUGGAAAACUUAUCUGUAGUAAAUAAAUAAUUAAUAUGUAUAUAUUUUGGUUUUCUUCCAUGUCAUGAGAAGUAAAAAUGUAUUUUCUUCCUUCGAGGAAUUUCAGGUGAAUGACUUGUAAAUCAUUUUAUUCUUAAUGAGAAUUUUAAUUAUAACAGUUACCUUGAAUUAUUUUUGUACUUCAUAAUUUUUCUGUGUUCAGACUAUACAAAUGUAUCUAUUUAUUGAAAUAAUCCUGUAUGUUUACAUUGUAUUUGUAUUAUAAAUUAACUGCAAAAUGAAUUUUUGAUUUCAAAUAAGGCUGAUCAAAGGACCAUUACCAGUCAUACUGUUAAUUGAUUUAUUGAGAAAUGUCAU